GACCAGCUGAAUAAAAAUACUAAAAAGGUUCUGGAAUACCGUCUCUUCCUUCCCGCGCUUCAAACUUAACACUGGCGAUGAAGGUGCGAUUCAAGGAAGACUGAGGACAAAGAACUGACCAUCACCUCGUGGCACCAUGGCCAUCACUCAGCAGGACGCUGCAUCAGCCAACCGGACAAUGGUUGCCAACCCAUCGCAAGCACCUGCCAUCUUCAAUCUGAAAUCAGAGGAGUGGCAGGGGUACAUGUGCCAAUUUUGGAUGUAUAUGGAGGCGAACAAUUAUCAGGAUCUCCCCGCUAACCGAAAAUGAGCUCUAUUCCUCACGUACUGCAGAACUAAGGUAUUCAAGAUGGCCCAGACUCUUGUUUUGCCGGACGACCCUACAGAACAUGCUUCGUGACCAUUAUGCACUGGCGGCGACACCACUGGUCAGCAGGAACAAAUUCUAUUGCCGGCACCAGAGAGAAGGGGAAACCAUCAAUGAAUUUGUGGCUAUCUUAAGAGAAAUAGCAACCAACUGCGAUUUCAUCAAUCCAGAGGAGAUGAUGAAAGACCGCAUCAUCCUAGGGAUGAGUGACCUGAAACUCCAAAAAAAGUUCUUGGUGAAGCGGGAAGCAACCUUUAAAGAUGCUGUGGAGGAAGCCCGAGCCACAGAAUCCUCCGAUAACUCCACCACUGACAUCCGCAGGACUAGCGGGGUUCACCAUGCCCAGAGGUACGGCAAGGAUCUGACUGAGUACACCAAAGAUGAGGACGAGGGAGACCUGGAGGAGGCUGUCCAUCGAGUUCAUCCAGAUGACAGGAUAGAACUACAAGCUGACCCAUUGGCCCGGAACCAGCAUUGGCAACGCAGAUGGACUCAGCAGAUGCCCAACACCAGAAUUAGUGGAAGACCUGGCACCAGCGACGAGGGUGCUCCUGAUCUAUGUCGAUCCAGCCAGCCCAACCACAUCACACGAAAUCACAGACCAAACCAGAAAGGAUGCUGUGUUAGCCAGAGUUCUGCACUGGGUGUUGAGGGGGUGGCCACAAGAAAAGCUCCCAAUUCUCCUCCUGGACCUCUGGAAAAAAAAAGACAACAAUUUUCUGCAAGCCUUGAAAAAAAGAAGUAACCCAUAAACAUGGAUUAACCCUUGUAUGUAUUUAAAGGAAGGGAUAAAAUAUGUGCAUUGAGCCG